AUGUCCAUCCUAUCCAGCAUCCGCAAGAGCCGAGAGUCGGCGAGAGAAUACAACGCCAAGGUAGCCGAGCAGAAGAAGCAGGGGGCAUCGUCAUCCGCGGCCUACCGACACGUCCCCACGCACGCCGCCAUCGACGCCGUAGCCAGCGCCCCACCGACAUGGCGCGAGGCCGACGACCGUCGGAAGAUCCUCGAGCAACACCACAAGAGGAGCUCGAUGGGCCCCACCGCCCACGGAGGCUUCCCUCGCGCCUCCAGCAGCCUCUCCUCCGUCUCCUAUUCCGGAGCCGCUCACGGUACUACCGGUGGCGUCUCGCGCGUCGUCCCCCGCUCAUACAGCUACACCGGCGUGUCCCCUUACGCGGACGGCAGCCGCGACGUCAUAUACUCCAUACCCGACCAUGUGCCCCACCAGGAAGAGUACCAGGUCGGCGGCGGCGGCGGGCCGACGAUGGCGACGCGGUCUAGUUCCCAGGACGAUCUGGAGCUGAGGCAUGAUCACAGUGCGCACCACAGCAACAGCGGCGGCAACAACGGCUUGCUGCAUCCUGUCCGUCACGGGAAGGGGAAGGGGAAGCAUAUGCCGUCUUCAGCAUCGUCUUCUACGUCGUCCAACAGGGCUGUACGCGUGGGUACGGCUCCCGGACCUCUCCCAGUCACGGCCAUGAGUGCUGCUGCUCCUCCUCCUGCUGCAACUGCGGCUGCGAUGGUCCUCACACGCAACCCGAGCCCGGACUCGACAUCGUCGCCCUCCCCGCCCGCCCUCACGCCCACGUCCGCCAAGUUUCCCUCCGUCAUCACCCCCGCAGCCACCGCUGCAGCCAAGGAUGCUGGGGAUGUAUCGUACUUUUCCCACCUUGAUCCCAAACUGAACCUCGGCACUCCUCCUCCUCACCAGCCCAGCAAGGCUACGAGGUUUGCUGAACCGAGUCCCGCUGCCAGCGUCGAGCAGAUCGCUAGCGUGCCUGGGGCUGUCAUUGUCAACAUGCUGCCUGAGCCGGCUGAGCCUGCACCCGAGAUGCAGGUACUCAAGAGGAGACGACUGAGCAAGUUGCUCAGAGGUCGUUAA